AUGAACUGCACUGACGAGAUGCAGACGCUAAAGACAAACUCGCUCUCGCUGGGCGACCAGCUCUACCAAUCAGUGCUCUGCGUGAUGAUCUCGUGCAUCGUGCUGUCCAAUAGCAUGGUCGUUAUCUCGACCAGACGAUUCCUGCCUCUGCAGACGAGAUGCAACCGCAUCGCUGUUAACAUCGCCAUCGCUGACCUGCUGAUUGCUUGCAGUGUAGCUGUCAUGCUAGUGUACGACCAUCUACCGGUCUCCAAAGAGGACGGCACUCCCCAACUCGUCUCCUGCUACAUUCGCACGGGGGCGCCAUUCGUCGUCGUCGUCGUGACGUCAGCGUCGCUGGUCGCCAUCGCCGUCGAUCGCUACGUCGCCGUGUGCCACCAGGGCAAGUACAUACGCGUCGUGACGCAAGAUCGCAUAACGAUCUUCAUGUUCAUAUCGUGGAUGUACUCGGCGACGCUGUUCAUCGUACCAGCGCUCGCUACCCACCACCCGACCACCUGCUACCUCGAGACAUUCCUCACCAGCUACCACUUGCUCGUGUUCGCUGUACAUUACGUCGCGUUCGUCGUCGCUGCUGGCGCCAUCUUCUGUAGCAUCACGAUGGCGGUGCGAAAACAAGUGCACGCCGUUCAGCCGAUGCUCCGUCCGGGGGACUUCGAGGUGCACGUGCCCGGUGUGAUGACAGCUGAAGAGUUGGAGCGGUUGAAGCAGACGGCGCAGAUCGCUCAGGUGUACGCCGUCAUCCUGGUCGUUACGGCGGUGAUGACGACACCUGUCGUAGUGCUCUACACAGCGCUCAGCUUCAAGCAAUGCAGCAGCGAUGAGAUGCUGCGAGGUCUCGCCAUCUCGUGCGAUAUGCUGCUCUUCUGUCGCAGCCUCGUCAACCCAGUCAUCUUCGCGUUGAAGUACAAGGAGUUCAACAUCGCCUUUCGAAAGCUGCUGUGCUUGCUAUCGUAA